AUGGCGCAAGCACAGGCAGCUACACGCAGCAGCAAAGGGAGUGUAUACAUUGGGGGAUGCACCACGUUGGAAACUAAAGUACUGAAGAUGAAAAGGUGUUUCGAAGGUAUCGGGCUGCAAUGCUUUCUUAAGGAUGGACCAAUGGCGGCCACACAAAGCCAAAAGCACCUCCUGGUCUUUGACUUUGAUGAGACCAUUGUAAAUGAGAAUAGUGAUGAUUCUGUUGUCCAGGCUGCUCCUGAGAAAAAGCUGCCAGAGUCCAUACGCCAAACCUUCCGGGAAGGCUUCUACAAUGAGUACAUGCAGCGGGUUUUGAAAUAUCUGGGGGAUCAAGGGCUAAAGAUGGCCGACUUCAAAGCAGUCUAUGAAAAGAUUCCCUUCUCUCCUGGCAUGCAGGAGCUCUUCCAGUUCCUCUCUAAGCACCAGAACCACUUUGAGAUCAUCCUCAUCUCUGAUGCCAACAUGUUUGGCAUUGAAUGUUCUUUGAAGGCUGCAGAGGUUUACUCCCUCUUCUGUAAAAUAUUCAGUAACCCUUCUAGCUUUGACCAGACAGGCUACUUCAUUUUGGGCCCUUAUCAUUCACACAAUUGCCCACGGUGCCCUUCAAAUAUGUGCAAACAGAAGAUCCUGAUUGAAUACCUGGAAGGAAGAGCUCAGGAGGGAAUGAAAUUUGAGAGAAUCUUCUAUGUGGGAGAUGGAGCCAAUGACUUCUGCCCUUCCAUGGCAAUGAAGUCCAGUGAUGUUGCCUUCCCAAGGAAGGGCUAUCCCAUGCAUCAUCUCAUCCAGGAGAUGGAGAAAAAUCAACCUGGAGCUUACCAGCCUACUGUAGUCCCUUGGGACUCUGCCCUAGAAGUUUGUUCCCACCUUCAAGAAGUUCUCAAGAAAGCAUACUGAGGGAAAGACUUGGCAGAAGCAGCAAUUCUCCUUGAUUUACCUGACACACAGCGUGGAAAGAUCUCAGCGAUUAACCUUGCAUUGCUUCAUGUUUGGCUUCUGCUCUGUUUCCCUCCUCCUC